CAAUUCCUUGGCUUAGAUAUAUCCAGAUCUGUAAUAGGGAAACGCGCCAUUUCCUGUCAUUGAAUUUUUCAAUUAAUAAAUUUUUUUUUCCCUCAACACGAUUUCUGCGUAUGCUUAUAGAAAUUGUAUAAUAUGUAAAUUAAAUUAAAAGUAUCACUUAAAAAGUUUAUAUAAUUGUGGGUGUACUACUAGCUAGCUAGUCAUUUUAACACAAGCUUAGAGAGAGGAAAGAUGAAAAUGAGGAGAGGGUUGAUGAUGCUCACCUUUACGGUAGCCGCAAUCGUACUUUGCAGUCAUCGGCCGGCGACGGCAGAAGAGCAAGUGGAAUUAGCAGAGGGCGCCAAUAGCACCACGUCGCCGUGGACACUAUCUGUAGCAGAGGAUAAAUUUGGUUGCUUGAAGUUGUUCAAUUGCGCCAAGUACGCAACGACCAGCUGCAUAACUGAAUGCUGCACUUUAUUCCCCUUCACUACUAACCCUACACGAAAUUGCAUCUGCUGGCAUCUGGCCGAGCAUGUCAAUAAAGAAGCUUUUACUGCUCUUCAGAAAUAUUGUGGCUUCAAGAAUCCUUGUCAACAUAAGCAACAGGAGGAAAUAAACCAGCAAGAGGUGGUCAAAACUAGCAAGGCCAUAGACAACAGGAAUAGUAGAAACCAAGGUGUGGCAACUUGUUGUGCAAAGGAUAAAGAAAAGAUAAAGAAUUGCAUGUUGAACACUGCUUCCAUAGACCAAUGUUGCCCAACAUUCAGUAUUAUGCUUGGCCGUAACUGCGACUGCUAUAAUUACGCCAAGAAUUUAGACAAUCAAGCUCUCAUCACACUUGAGAGUUACUGUGAUGUCACCAAUCCAUGCAGGAGUGCUCAAAGAGAUUGUACCAAUAACAUUUUCAGCAGGAUGGAACUUUUUGCUAAUUAAAUUAAGAGAAUAAUCCGGGAGAAUCGGGGGCGAUAUGUGCGAAAUUAGAGCCAAAACGGACGAAAACAGGGAAAUGACAUAUUUCAGCGCCACAGGUUGCGUCCAACCCUACAUAUGGCGCCAAAAACAGAAGCUAAAACAUUGGAGCGUCGUGGAGGGCGCCUGGCGCUAGCCAGGGCGCCAAUGACGUGAAUUUUCUCCAAUUUUGCUUGGGACAAGGUUAUUUCGGCCCUAGACAUACCCAACAUGUAUAAAAGCAAGACUAAAUAUAUUUUUAGAGGGGGAGGACGUUUUUUGAGAGUAAAACACAAGCACAAAGCCGCCGUGGAGGCCGAAAUUCAUCAAGUUCCAUCUUUCUUCCUCCAAACUUAGUAAUUUUUAUGUU